AUGCCAGAAUUGGAUGAUUUUCUCGCGAAUCAAGACUACGAAGGAGCAAUUUCAUUGCUGAAUCAUAAAUUGAGAACAGGAAACUUGGAUAGAGAACAAGAAGAUUCUCUUCAGCUAUGGUUGGCUCAUUGCUAUUACAGAUUGAGAAAUUAUGAGGAGGCAGCCAAUGUUUAUACGUUUUUGAUGAGCAAAGAAGAUGCACCUGCAGAACUUGGAGUAUAUCUUGCUUGUUGUAAAUUCUAUCUGAAACAGUACCUGGAAGCGAAGACGAUUGCAGAGAAGUGUCCGAAAACUCCAUUAUGUAUCCGAUUAAUGAUGAAUGUGUCACUUCGUUUGAAUGAUGAAAAACGAAUUUUAACAUUUCAUUCAAAUCUUGGAACUUCAAUAGAAGACAAACUUUGUCUAGCUGGCAUAAACUUUCAGCGAAUGCACUAUCAAGAUGCUAUCGAUGUCUACACAUCUAUACUUCAAACCAGUCCAAAUUUGAUUGGACUCAACGUUGACAUGGCUCUGUGUUAUGCCAAAAUGGAUUACCCGGUCGUCGCUUACAAUCUUGUCAAGAAUUAUCUCCGAUCCUUCCCCAACAGUCCAUUCGCCAAAAACUUGCUCCUUUCGAUUCUCUAUCAUACAAUCACUACGAAAACUACUAUCGAAGAGAAAUCAGAUUUGGCCAGAAACCUUGAUAAAGAAGGAACGUCGCUGGUUCCUGAAAUGGAAGCAAUGUUGAAACAGAAGUUAUAUCCAGAGGUCGAAUAUCUUUGUAGACACAAUUUGGUUCUUUUCAAAGAGUGUGAAACGGCACUUCAAGUACUUCCUUCUUUGAUGAAACAUGUUCCAGAAGCAAGGCUUAAUCUGAUGCUUUAUCAUUUAAAAAGAGAUAACGUGAAAGAUGCAAUGAGUUUGUGCAAAGAUUGGGAACCAACAACUCCCUACGAAUUCCUGGUGAAAGCAUUGACCUUUUUGAGAUUUGGACAAGACUAUCACUCGAGAGAGCAUCUAAAAAUAGCUGAGAAUUUCUUCCAAAUGGUUGGAGAAUCCGGACUUGUUCAAGAUACAAUUGCUGGAAGACAAUCAUCUGCUGCAUAUCUGUUCCUCGCUUUCAAAUUCGAUGACGUCAUCACUUAUCUCCAAUCAAUCGAAGCCUACUUCUCAAACAACGACGAAUUUCUUCUGAAUCUAGCUCAAGCAUUUUUGAUGUAUAAGAACUACGUGGCAGCUGAAGAACACUUUAUUCGAGUUUCUGGUCCUGAAAGAGACAAAAUUUUAUACAAAUCAAUGCUAGCAAGAUGUUAUAUCAGAAACAAGAAAGCUCACAAAGCAUGGGAUAUGAUGGUGAAAACUGUCAACUUUUCAGAUAGACUCAGUCUUUUGAAAGUGAUUGCACAGGAUUGUUACUUGUCAAGUGAGUUCUACUAUGCAUCGAAAGCAUUCCAUGAAAUUGAAAACAGUGAUCCAACACCUGAAGUUUGGAAUGGAAAACGUGGAGCAUGUGCUGGAUUAUUCAGACAACUGGCUAAUCAUAAAAGUGAUCAAGAACUGCUCGAGCGAAUGAGAGAAGUCAUUCAAUUGGUCGCAUCGAAACCUCAUCCAAACUGUGAAUUCCUUUUGAAAGUAAUCCGUUCGUGGGGUGAGACUCAUCAUGUAAAUCUCACUUAA